UCAGCUUCUGUGAUAGUAAAGCGUCCAUCAGAUGCACAAAUCAAAAUCUCAGAGACAGCAGUAGGUCGUCUGGGUGUUGUUCAGUUGUUCUGACACUCCAUCUGUGUUUGAAGAGGAUGCAGACAGCUGGAUGAGCCAGAGGUUCUCACAGACAAGCUGGCGCCAGGUUUUCACACAAUCACAGGAUAUGUAAAGACUUCAAUAACGACCCAUUAGGCCUAAUGAUUGAGAAUCGAUCAGGCGUUAACUCCUCCAUGCAUAUGUUAAUGCGGUGUCGGGACCGGCCUAUAUAUUCAGCCCGCCUCUGGAGGCCUGGCAAACAGUCUUGGAUUGUACUCGGAUAGAUUCACUUCCUCAGACAGACAGCACAGCAAUCAUGGUGAAGAAGUUUUCUGUGGACUGGCUCGCCCAGAGCUUUCACGAUUCGGCGUCUCGAGAUGUUCCGGAGCCGGAGAAAAAGACGCACAGGCCGCACGUACCGUGCUUGGUUCAACCGAGACCUCCAACAUCAUACGACAAAGUUUAUUUGCAGCCAAAACCAAAGGUUAACAAAGUUGAACAGACACCAGAGAUUGGCAAAGAGGUCACGACUCCGGUUACGCAAAGGAACUGCUCAUCUCCAAGCUUUUCAGAAAACAGCGGUUAUUCCUCUGGUUAUGAGAGCGAAGCGGCCACAUCUGAAUGCGCUUCAGUCGAAGAUGCGAACGAAAUGGAAAAAGACGCAGCGACUCGCAGAAUCAGAACCAAAUUCACACCAGAACAGAUCGACAAACUUGAGAAAAUCUUCAACAAGCACAAAUACUUGGACGCAGGAGAAAGAGUGAAAACAGCUUUGAAACUCAGUCUGUCAGAAACUCAGGUCAGAACUUGGUUCCAAAACCGCAGGAUGAAGCUGAAGCGGGAAGUUCAAGAGAUGCGCGCUGACUAUCUGCUGCCUCAGAUGGUUCUUCCCCACGUGCUUCCGGUUCAGUACCACUGCUACGACAGACAGCGACUUCCCUUUCCGCCUCACGGCGCGCUGAUGCAGCAGAUGAUGCAGCCUCAGCCUCUGGUUCCUCAUCAUCAUCAGCUCAUGAUGCCCAGGCAGCAUUACUACUGAAGACAGACACAUUCAGAGACUUGUUCCUUUAAAACACUUAAAUCACAUUCUGUGUGCAAUACCUGUACAGUUCUGCUUUGUAAAAAAUAGCGUUUAAUUAAA